ACGGCUGGACCCGACCCCGCCCUGCCGGCUAGGCUACCCUUCUCCCUCUCGCCUCCUGCGACCGUUCCACAUUUCUCUUCGUGCUCGUUCUCCACGCGGCGACGUCGCCAUCGCGGCAGCCGCUCCGCUCCCCACCCCACACCUCCUAUACGUAGGAAGCAGCUGCCGCGGCGCCCCCAAACCCUAACCCAUCCCUUCUACGCGCGCGCGCUGGUGAGCGCCUCCCUUCGAUCCGACCCCGCAGAUCGCCGGCGAUGGGAUCCAAGGACCAGGGCGGAGGGGCCGCCUCCUCCGGCGGUGGCGGGUUCUUCUCGUACAUGCGCAGCUGGGGCACCGCCGUGCAAAAUUCCGUCAAUGGGUUGCUCGGCUAUGAAGGGCUUGAAGUAAUUAACCCCGACGGAGGCAACGAAGAUGCCGAGGAAGAGGCUUUGAGGGGGCGAUGGAAGCAAGAGGAUCGUGAUAGUUAUUGGAAGAUGAUGAACAAGUACAUAGGAUCAGAUGUUACAUCACUUGUGACACUUCCAGUCAUCAUUUUUGAACCAAUGACAAUGCUUCAGAAAAUGGCAGAGUUAAUGGAAUACUGUGAGUUGUUAGACAAAGCAGAUCAGUGUGAGGAUCCAUACAUGCGUUUGGCAUAUGCUUCUACAUGGGCUGUUUCAGUCUACUUUGCGUACCAGCGUACAUGGAAGCCUUUCAAUCCGAUCCUCGGAGAGACUUAUGAGAUGGUCAAUCACCAGGGUAUUACAUUCCUUGCUGAGCAGGUAAGCCAUCAUCCUCCAAUGGGCGUUGCUCAUUGUGAGAAUGGACAUUUUACAUAUGACAUUACGUCUAAAUUGAAGACCAAGUUCUUGGGAAAUUCGGUGGAAGUUUACCCAGUUGGAAGGACUAGAGUGACACUUAAAAAAUCUGGUGUCGUGUUGGAUUUGGUGCCACCACUAACAAAGGUUAACAACCUGAUAUUUGGGCGCACUUGGGUUGACUCACCUGGAGAGAUGGUCAUGACAAACCUGACAACUGGAGACAAAGUUGUGCUGUAUUUCCAGCCGUGUGGCUGGUUCGGGGCUGGCCGAUACGAGGUGGAUGGGUAUGUGUACAGUGCAGCGGAAGAACCCAAAAUAAUGAUAACAGGGAAAUGGAAUAAGUCUUUGAGUUGCCAACCAUGUGAUCAAGAAGGCGAUCCUCUUCCAGGCUCUGAGCUAACAGAGAUCUGGAGAGUCGCUCCUACCCCACAGAAUGACAAGUACCAGUAUACACACUUUGCACACAAAAUAAAUAGCUUCGAUACAGCACCUAAGAAGCUGUUGGCAUCUGAUUCCCGGUUGAGGCCAGAUAGAUACGCCCUUGAAAAGGGUGACAUGUCUAAAUCUGGCGCAGAAAAGAGCAGGCUUGAAGAACAACAGAGAGCUGAGAAAAGAACUCGGGAGGCCAAGGGCGAGCAAUUCACUCCAAGAUGGUUUAACAUGACGGACGAAGUCGCCCCUACCCCCUGGGGUGACCUGCAGGUUUAUGAAUACAAUGGUAAAUACACCGAGCACCGGGCUGCCAUAGACAGCUCGAACGUUGGCGACGAGACAGAUGCCACUUCCAUCGGGUUCAACCCGUGGCAGUACAUUAGCUCAUCGUCCCAAUGAUUUCCCAUGGCCAAAAGCUACACAUAUUUAUUAUUGUUGUCUGAAAUGUCUCCAGGCCUUGCGCUGAUUAUGCAAUCAGCAGUUUUCGUGCCAUUGUAGUAUUGUGACUUUCCCCUUUCCUCUUCAUGCAACGAGUUUCCAGGAAGUGAAGUGAUGUUAUGUAUUUGAUGUAGUCUAUAUACUGUCGUUAAUCUAGCAGAAAUUGCAGAGUUUCUUAAGUCA